AUGGAACCUGAAUUUAUAAAAGACAAAAGUGCUGUUCACGCAAAUGAAGAAGAAGAUAAUUUAAAAGGACCGGUAGUAACUGAAGAGAAAGAAUUAGAUAGAGAUCAACCAUCUUCAUUGCUGAACAAAACUGCGCUUGACAAUACACCUGGUUUUGACAACAUAAAGGAAACCAAUAUGCAGGGUGGUAGUGUGCAGGUUAUUCAAGAUCACGUGACUCAUUGCUCAUUCAGUUUUCAGAAUUCUUUGCUUUAG